AGCGCGGAGGGGCGGGAGGGAGCGGUGCCUGUGUCCAGUUUCCCGCCGCACGUGCUGUACCUGGUGUAGCAGACGAUUCAACACACGUCACAGCGGUGCCAAGAGUCUGCUGCGAAGUGCAUCCUGUCCUGCGCACGCGCACACCUCACUUAUGAGAUUGCGUGGUAUAAAUUGAUGCGGCCGGCCUAUGGUGUGGUAGUGUGAGUCUAAUGAUACUUGGGAUAUGGUGCUUCCUAAACGGAGAGGUACUCGGUCAAUGGACACGUAUACCAUGGCAACACGUGUCCUCCUCGCCACACUCGCUCUCGCGCUGAUGGCAAGGGCUACGUCGGGAAUGAUGGAUAUUACAGCUUUUGAGUACAUUCGGAAGUUCUCGGAUCCCCUCGAUCUCGGCGAGUGCCCACGGCGGGAGGUUCCGAUUAACAACGGCAAGGGAAGUCACGGGCUAGAGCGUCUCCGAUGUUCUCAAAGGAAAUUUGGCAAUGUGACAUCUCUGACCAGACCCGUCCACAGCAAGAGGAACGCCGCCAUCUCCACCCCAAACGACAUCAUCGCCUACCUCGGUCUCUGUGGGGGAGAAGCGGCGUCUUUCCUUGGUAUCCUCAACAACGGGGACUGUGUUGCAAUUGAGAUAGCAAGCAAGUUGACGUUCAACGAGAAGACAAUGAUCCGAGCUUACGUUGAAUAUUACAGAAAGAGUCUAGACAUUUUAGAAAAUAACAUAUGGCCAAGUAACAACAUAGAGUCCAAGAAUGAUGGGAAAUACUACCUGAAAAACAUCAGCUAUGGCACCUUGGAGAUAAUCAUAGUCCAGUUCCGGUUCCGGACGCGGAAGGAGACAAUGAAAGCCAAGGAAAUUAGUUCACCGAAUUCUCUGAUGUCCGUUUACAUGGAAACCGUACGGAGGGAAGUUGGAACCCUGGCUAACCUACUUAUAAUCAGACUGUCAACGGCAGGAAAGGGACACUACCACACCAAGACGUUCAAGAGCGGACAGUAUGCGCAUGCGCUGCGAUAUGUGCAGAUCAUGGAGGGUGAAAUCAAGCAUUUACGUGAUGAAAUUGACCAUGACAAGAUUGCGCCUCACCUUCGAUACAGCCUCUACCCCUUUGAGACACAGCAUAAAGCACAGAGUCGACUCGCCCACCGACAGAGCCUCGAGAUGUGGGAGAAAACCUCUGUCCUUGAGGUCACCCUCAGACAGUCCACCAAGAUCGGGAGAAAAGCAUCCAAACGGUGCAGGAAAGUACACUCGCAGCUCUGCAAACGGGUUCGGGAGCUGCUACGAACCUUGAAACGUACACAGAGGAUGAUCCACAGGUCAAGGUCACGAUGGAUGGAACUGAAGGGGUUUGAAAAGGAGAAGGCGUCGAAGACGUCAACCGACGUCAACAGGUACAGCAACGCCAUGAAACGAUUGGCUAGACUGGUGAGGAAGUGGUGGAAGACGGAGAAGUUUGAGAGGUUGAAGAGGAGGAAACAGCGAAAAAACCAAACAGGAGUCGAAGGUCGAAACAGGAUGCUUCCUCCCAAACUGCCUUAAAACUGACAUAUGGGUACAGGGUCAUGGAACAAGGUCAAGGCCAGCUUGUCAUGGCGGAGCUGGCUUCGCUGUGUCAAGUUUGGCAGCAGCUUCCGGUGAAACGUAGCAGUUAUGGCGACCCCCGCCAAGAUGUAAGUUGCUGCUUUGCCAAAUGGAAAUUGGAAACAUAAUCAAGAUACAUAACGUGUUAGUUUCCUUAAGGUAUUUAACAUCAGAAAUACCCUCCAAUCACCGUGAGACAAGCUACAAGUUACGGUGUGACGAGCCGUGGGAAGAAAGUGGUGUGUAGAGUUGACGGCGGGACACGUCAGGGUGUGCUUCCAGUAGGACAAGUGGAUGUGAUACGUUGGCUUUCGCUGUCCAUCAAUAGUAAUAUCCUGUUACAGUUAUUCAAUUUUAUAUUAAUGUAUAAUAUGAUCAUUUCUUUAAUGCAUUAUUCUCAGCUAUGGUGUAUGAUUAUACGCGUGCUGUAUAAAACGUAACGUCAGGUCAAGGUCACGGCAAUAGCUUGUACAUAUUUUAUAGAGUGUAUGUAAAUAAUGUAUAUACUUGUUACUUCGUUUAUGGUCGCAAAUAUUAAUAACGCACAUCUCCAUUACCAGUUAACGGUCAGUUCACACGAUGCGGGUCAGUGGGUAGAGACAGUUUUUCGGUCAUUCAAAUUUUAAAUAACGUAAAAUUGGUUAUGAAUAGGUAAAAAUAUACAUACAUAUCGAACUCUAAUAGGGCCAUUUUCGGUUGAGACAAGCGCUUUUGUAAAUGGUGGAAAUUAAGAAAUGAUAUUCCGUUCUUUUUACAGAAAUCGUAUCUUUACGUUUGAUUGUGAAGUCAAAAAAGUAAAUAUGAAGUUUCGUAUUUUACUAUUUUAUGUACGGUGUUAUACAGUAAUUCUUUCAUCAACAAAAGCCUUAAUUUUCGUCACGAGUGAAGUAUUUCUUAAUAUAUUUUUCAAGAUUCAUGUUACACAUUAUUUUAGUACCAAAUAAACUAUAUUUUCAUAUUAAUAUUAAAGGAAUAUAUAAUAAUUCGCCAAAAUUUGUCAACUAUUUUCAGUGUGUUUAUCUUGCGCUUGUCACAAUACCCUUGUAUAUAGCACGUACGUGACAUGCUACCGUGCGACCAAUUGCGUCCUGGCCAGUAUGGGGACACAUACGGGCACCUCAGUAAACUCGUGCUUGGGUGAGGUCCCUGACUGGUCGUUUUAGCUGUGUCAGCAAUUUGUUGAACUCAUGUAAAUAAGUUUGUUGAUGAUUAUAUUGAUUAUAUUGAUGAUAAUAUAUACCUCGUUGUUACUUUUCUGGUUGUAAAUAAAUAGUUCAGGCUAGUACCUUUCUGUUAUCUUCGUAUUGCAAAUAAAUUGCGUAAUUUCCUGA